GGUGCCCCGCGCCCGCGGUGGCGGUUGCCGGGCAACGAGCGGCCCCUCGCGCCGGCCGCGCCGGGGUCCCCGGGGGCUAUGGGGCUGCCGGGCCUCCGGCCGCUCCUGCUGGUCCUGGCGGGCUGCUGGGCGGCGGUGAGGGCCCAGACCUCGGCGACCCCGGCCGCGACCUCGGACAACUUCACUGAGGCAGCCCCGGCCACUUUAGGACCGUCCGUGUCGCCUACGCCCCCCGGAACCUCCCGAGCCCCGGAGCCCUCCUUCGGCUCCAGGCCCGCGCCGGUCACGGACGUCGCUGCUCUGUGUGUGUGUGACCUGUCCCCAGCACAGUGUGACGUCAACUGCUGCUGUGAUCCCGACUGCAGCUCCACGGAUGUUAGCGUCUUUUCUGCCUGUUCAGUUCCAGUUGUCACGGGUGAUAGCCAGUUUUGUAGUCAAAAGGCAGCCAUCUAUUCCUUGAAUUUUACCUCAAACCCACCUCAGAGGAUAUUUAAACUUGUCGACCAGGUCAAUCCAUCUAUUUUCUGCGUUCAUAUUACAAACUAUAAACCUGCAUUAUCUUUUAUUGACCCGGGAGUGCCUGAUGAAAGCAAUUUUGAUGAACUGGUGAAGACAUCCACUGGUUUUACAUUGAACACAGAAUCAGAUGCUGCUCUCGCCCCCAAACUGGAUGCCCCCAGUACUGCUAAAUAUGAGUACGGGGCUCCUGUGCAGACUUCAGACUCCUUCCUGAGACUCCCUUCCCCGCUGACGUCGUCUGUGUGCGCUGACAGCAACCCCGCAGCGUUUCUGGUGAACCAGGCUGUUAAGUGUACCAGAAGGGUAAAUUUAGAGCGAUGUGAGGACACGGAAGCUCUUAACAUGAUUUACUACAGCAGCCCCCAAAUUCUGCAGGUGCCUAAUUCAAGAACCAAGCAGGUCCCUAUCACGAUCCAGUCCAUUGUCAUCCAGUCUCUAAACAAAACACUCACCCGACUAGCAGCCCCAGAGGUGCUGCCACCGUCUCUGAUCACUGCUGGGCAUGCCACAGUCUGCACGAACGUCGUCCUUGAGGUAAAGUACCGGCUCACGUACACAGACGCCGGUGAAGUCACAGACGCCGAUCUCUUUCUCCUCCUGGGGACAGUCAGCAGUGCGGUGGCUCCACUGCAGCAAAAGUUCGAGAUCGACUUCAUUCAGCACAGCACGAAGCCGGUUCCUCUCAGUGGCAACCCUGGUUACGUUGUGGGGCUCCCGUUAGUUGCUGGAUUUCAGCCUCAGAAGGGAUCUGGAAUCAUCCAGACCACAAAUAGGUACGGACAACUUACCAUUCUUCGUAGCACAACUGAGCAAGACUGCUUAGCCCUGGAGGGCGUCCGAGCCCCGGUGUUGUUUGGUCACGACAUGCAGUCUGGCUGUAAACUGAGACUGACCAGAGCCCUCCCAUGUCGGCUCUUGGCGCCAAUAGUGAAGAGCCUGCUGGUGGGCCAGGGCUUUCCAGAUUACGUGGCUCCCUUUGGAAAUACCCGUGCCCAGGAUGUGCUGGACUGGGUGCCCGUCCACUUUGUCACCCAGUCAUCCAACAUGAAGGAUUCUUGCCAGCUCCCUGUGGCUCUGGUUAUAGAAGUGAAGUGGACUAAAUACGGGUCCUUGCUGAACCCACAGGCCAAAAUCGUGAACGUGACCGCGCGUCUCCUCUCCUCCUCGCUCCCUGAGACGCACUCAGGAAGUGAAAGGACGACUCUUCUCUCCACUGCGGUCACCUUCAUGGACGUGUCUGCACCUGCAGAGGCCGGCUUCCGGGCUCGACCAACCAUCAACGCCAGGCUGCCCUUUAACUUCUUCUUCCCGUUUGUCUGACGUGAGCUGUUGCCGAAGGACACACCCCCACCUUGCAGUCUUCCCCUGGAGGCCAGGCUGUGUGAGGAGGACCGGAAUCCAUUCCUCCUUGCCCUGGAGGCUGCCCCAGACCAGCGCCGCCCUCUCCCGUCCUGCGGGCAUCUGGUGUUGGUCUUUCCCGGCACUCACCCGGGAGGUCACAGGUCCUCAGGAAGCCCUCAAGCUCCAGCAGCAGGAACGGCCUCGCCUCUUCACUCGUCCCCUGCUUCAUGGAAGCUAUUUUAAACAGCAUGUGUUGUUUUUAGUUCAGGUUUUCUUUGCUUUACAGAUAUGGUUGAAAUGAGUACAAAAAUAGCAAAAUAUCACGUAAAGUCACAUAAGUAGAUUACAAAGCUUCACGUGGGCUCUUCCCCUAAAGAGCAUGCUAAUUACAGGGGAGGCGCAGGUCUAAUUGCCACUGUGUGCCGGCCCCACGCCAGCUCCAGCUCCAGCUGGUGGGCUGGUGUGGGAUGCUACCCAGGAAAGAAUACAGGAGGAGGGCCUGGGGAGGGACAGAGUUUAUUUUUUACAUUAAUUGUACAGGAAUUGAGAAAACCCUUGUCAGGUGGCAGAGCGAGGUGGCGGCAGCUAGAAUCCGGAUGUGCAGCUGGGUGCUGCAGGGGCGGGGCCCGCGAGCAGCUCCCCUGGGGUAAGCUGACAAGCAGCUGUUUAGAACAGCUAGGAACUAAGACUGUCCCCUCAGGGCGCUCCCCUGCGAGGCCGUGCUGGUCCUUCUGUGUACACAGGCGCUCUGGAAACUGUACAUUUGAUGAGAUUAAAUUGUAUAUACAA